CACACACACACUCAACCUGUAGACCUGUCUGCGAGGAGAGAGGACAGAGGAGGAGGACCAGAGGAGAGAGGAGAAGGAGGAUUAUCUGUAGAAUAAACUGAACCAGGAGGAGAAGGAGGAGGAGAAACACCAUCUAUCUGUCCUCACACCUCUCUAUCUCCUCCCCCACACACACAUCUGACUGCUUGUUUUGGGAGGAAAGGACGCGUGUUCGAUGGCUCCGCGACGAGGAGGCUUCACGGCGGGUUAGCAUACGUUAGCUUACGUUAGCAUACGUUAGCUUACGUUAGCUUAGCAUCGCGGGAACAACAAGCUGGCUGACAUGGCUGUCUAACAGGCUGCCAAAGACCUCUUCAUGGAUCACAGAGGACGGCAAAGAGAAACCACCGCAUCUGUGAGCAAAGCCAAUAACUAGGGGAAUCUGAUCCACAAGCAUAUCAUCGGACCGACGUCGGUUGCAUGUGGCCUCUUAAGUGGUUCAUGGACAUCUGUUGGGCAGACCAAAGGCCUAUUGCUAUGCACUAUAAACGGAAAGACAUGAGCUGUGGGGAUGCUGGGAGGAGCACGCUGCUUUCGUGUAGGACUAUCCCUCUGGUAAUAGGGCUUCUGGUGACCAUGGCCCAGGGCGCUGUGCCAGAACCCCAAGAUACACUGACGGAGAUGAUAUCUGUGGAGCUAGAGGCUUCUAUGCAGUCCUCUGUGCUCUCUGAGCUCCAGGCUGCAGCGUCUACAGUUGGCGAGGGACCUCCUACAGCUAUCCUAGAUUCCUCUGCAAAGAACGGGGGAGUACACACCGGCAUCCCGGACUCCUCGGCGAUCGUGGGCCAGGUGUUUCAGUUGAAGGUUCCACCAGGACCGGCCAAUGCAACCUGUAAUGUCCACCUCACUGAAAUGGGAAAGGAGACUUUACCCUAUUGGCUCUAUUGGGACAAAGAGAGCUGCAUUCUGAGAGGCUUGGCCCUGGAGCAGGAUAAAGGUGUGUAUCAUAUCUUGGUGUCUGGAGAGGAGAUAACUGAGAAGACUGGCAGCCAAGUGUACCCGAGUACGGUGUUCUCUAUCGAAGUGUACCCAGAAGAACGUGCAGACACCGAGCCCACCCUGCUCACUCUACAGGCCGAUGUCAGCGGCGCCCAGCCUUUCACCUGCGGCGCCGAGGAGCUCGUCACCGUCCUCACCGUCAUCCUGGAUGCCGACUUGACAAAGAUGGUUGCCGAACAGAGGGUCAACUUGCUGGGCGUCAUGAGAAAGUUCUCUCACGUGCCCCUGGAGCACAUGAGGGUGGUCCCUGUUGUAAACAACCGCUUAUUUGACAUGUCUGCUUUCAUGGCUGGACCAGGGAAUGCCAAGAAGGUGGUGGAAAAUGGGGCGCUUCUGUCAUGGAAACUGGGAUGCGCCCUUGACCAGGCCAGUAUCCCCGACAUUGACAGCGUCCAAUCCUCUGCAAAGGACGGGACCAUGUCAGCCAGGCUGGGGUACCCAGUGGUCGGCUGGCACAUCGUGAACAAAAAGCCCCAUGGAGUGAAACGGGUCAGACGGCAUUUGUACAAUACUCCGACCCCAGUGCCCUCCCUGCUUCCUCCGACGUCUCACCCAGAGCCCCCCGUACGCGUCGUUCCCACACCAACUUCGCCCUCUAUCGCCAUAGCAACAGACAACUCUGCUCCUCCCGUCCGGGGUCCUUUGCCUCUUCCGGUGAAGCCCACUAUGAGGGUCAGAGAUCAGAUAGCCCACACGCCUGUGUUCGGACCUCCCCAACCCACAAGAGUACUCGGAAUCACGAGCACCAUCCCAAUUCAGCCCACCAUGACACGGCCUACAAUUGUGGAAGCCACUGCUUUGCCAACACCGCCAAGCACCACCAAAAGACCCAAACCAUCCGCCACGAGGAAAACCAAGAAACAAAAAACCACCACCCCAGCUCCCCGGGAGCCCAAGUCCACCACACCUAAACCGCCCAAACGCACCACCCCUCUAACUUUGACUCCCGACCAGAAUCAAAACCCAGAGAUCCGCAACGCCGUCGAUCAGGUGAACGCAUGGGUUGGAACGUACUUCGAGGUUAAGAUUCCUCCAGAUACUUUCUACGACCGAGAGGACGGCACCACUGAUAAGCUGCGUUUGACUUUGAAGAAGACUCCUAAAGAGCCAGUGAAUGAAACCUCCUGGAUCCAGUUCAACAGCACCAUCCAGCUUCUGUACGGCCUCCCGGAGGAGCAGCAUGAGGGGAAACACGAGUACUUCAUGUUGGCCACCGACAAGGGUGGGAAGAGCAUCAUGGACGCGUUUGAGGUUCAAGUCAACCGUUGGUCCACUAAUGACAAACCAUCGGUUGUAUUUGCUGCUCGUUUCCAUGGUGACCCCAAAACGUUAAGCAACGACGUCCACAAGAAGAUACUUCUGACCAAAAAGUUAGCUUACGCCCUCGGUGAUCGCAACAGCAGCACAGUGACCCUCAGAAGCAUCACUAGAGGCUCGAUCGUGGUGGAAUGGACCAAUAACAGCCUCCAGCAAAGCCCCUGUCCAAAGGACCAAAUAUCAGUUCUCAGCAACAGGAUCUCUGAUCCUCAAGGGACGCCUAAACUGGCCUUCAUCAAAGCCAUGGAGCCUGACUUCAAACCCAUCAACAUCUCCAUCCGUGGCACCAAUAAAUGUCAGAGCUACACCUUCAUCCCACCGGGAGAGGUGCCGAUGCCGGCUCUCCCCACCGCCACGCCUUCACCGGGGACGGGUCGUAGGAGCAGCGACGACGUCUACCUCCACACCGUCAUUCCCGCCGUGGUGGUAGCCGCCCUGCUGCUCAUAGCCGGGAUCAUCGCCAUGGUCUGCUACCGCAAGAAGCGCAAGGGGAAGAUGACCAUCGAGGAGCAGGCCACUUUCAUCAAGAAGGGAGUCCCCAUAAUAUUCGCCGAUGAGUUGGAUGAUUCCAAGUCACCCCCGUCCUCCAGCAUCCCUCUUAUCCUUCAGGAGGAAAAGCCCCCGCUUCCCCCUCCGGAGUACCCCAACAUGGCUGGUCCUCACAGCACCCUGCUUAACCAGGAUCUGCUGGAGGAGUACUCUAUUUAUCAAGAUGACGAUCCUAAUGCACCUCCUUACCAGCCCCCGCCCCCAUUUACUGUCCCCAUAGAGGGCAAAGGCUCUCGCCCCAAGAACAUGACCUCAUACAGGUCACCGCCUCCCUACGUGCCUCCCUAACGCACACUGGAGCUUUCAGUUUGGAAAGCUGGUGCAAUUUUAGGGAUGCUUGUUGAAAACUACAACAGGAGUAAUUUUACAAUGUGUUCAAUUAAAUGGCUUUGACUUUUGUAGAGGAGCAGGCAACCAUACCCACAUAUUUGACCAUCAUGGAUAAGAAACUAUCGUACAAGUACUUCAACUGGCACAGGGCAGACGGAUGGGGGGGGGGGGGACGACACUUUGUAAUCUUUUUUUUUUUUUUGUUUUGUUGUCCUUCAGAUCUGCUUUUGACUUCUUGCAUAUUCUUUUUCUCUCUGUUUUUUGCCAAGAAGAGUCAAUUUUAUCUUCAAUGAUGUACUAUUUCUAUUGUAUAGAAAAUAAUAAAGAAGCAGGAAAGACUGAAGCCCACAGGGCCUUUUGAGCAGAUGUCACCAUGACAACAGACUUGAGGCUCCCCCUCACAAUGUUAAUCUUUAUGAGUUCUAUAUCACUCUUAUCUGUCCUUCGGCUAGGUUUACUAAGAUUUUGCACCUGUUAUUUCUAGAGGGGAAUGAAAUCCAAAAAGCCAAACCGAAAGCAUGAAACACUUUAUUUCCACAACAAUCCGUCUGUUUCUUCGACUUUGAUCUCUCCUUGUUCUCUCCUCUGCUUUGCUCCCUCUUGACAAUAACAUGCAAACCUUGCACUUAUGCAAUUUCUUGUUAAACCUUGCACUAUGUGUCUUGCGCAGGAAUGAACACAGUGAGUGGUAGUCAAACAAGGAGAAAAGAGUUUCCUUUUUUUUUUUUCUUUUGUAUCCUUGAACUCACCACGUGACUGAGAUUCCUCUGGUACUUGAUCACAAAGGACAUCACACUUAUCACGCCUGUUGUAGACGUAGCCUAAUGAAGUUACAAAAACAAAUUAUGACUUAUAUUUUUCCUUUUUUUUUUUUUUUUUUUUUUUGUAAUGUGUGUGUGUGCCACUAAACCUGCCUGUGAGACGAGUGGUUUUGCUGUUGCCAAGGUGAUAUCUGUGGUCACAAGGCAAACCAUGUGGGGUUGCUCCAACAAUAAUGAAGGGGCCAAUGGAAUGCUGUGGUUCACAGCAGGGUGCCAAUUGGCGACGUAGCCAAUGAGGUGGAUCCACUGUCUUAUAUUCAGUAGGUAGGAGGGGGGGUCUAGAGUACUUUAUUAUCGCUGCCCUGCCUCGAGGUGUUGCACUGUCAUGUUUGGUGCACUGCCUGUUGUCGGUUCAGACGAGGCAUGGGGAGAAGGGGAUGUACAUAAUUGUGUGCCUGUGAAAAAUUAAUCAACUCCAUUAUGUUAGUGUCAUAAGUAAACCUAGUCGGGAACGGGAGGGCCAGAGUGGGAAAUAAUUUUAUUUUUUAAUUGUAUGUCUAGAUUUAUGAUCACAAUCAUGGAAAAAAAAAAUAAAAAAAAAAUAA